AUGCACUCCUUGCUUAGACCUUUUCUACAAUCUUACACAAUGAAUAAUUUCCUUCUAUUCCUAUUUCUGACUUCACAAGUCUCUUUAGGACGAGGCACAAUAAACAACACUCUAAAACCAGAACCACAACCAUGGGACCAAAACUCAUUAAUUAGGAUUACCAAGGCUAUAGCAUCGGGGAACAUCACUAAUUGCUGGGUCUGUCACAAGCACCCAAAAGCUUUAGGCCCCAUACAAUAUUUAGCUAAGCCAGAGAACAGAUUCGGUAAUGAAACCUGGCGCUCAGAGCUAGCAUAUAUUUCCAAACCAAGUACGUAUGCCACCCUUUUCACUCUGGUUAACUUAACUUCCUCUCCAUCUAUCUGCCUAUAUACUGCAACAUCUAAACAUAAGCCUGCUCGUCUGGGAAAAGAGUUUCCUGUCUGCAACAAAACUAAGACUGCUCUGUGUAAACUUAGAGCCUUAUAUUAUUCCACGUUGUGGCCAGCGAAUAUUUCCUCAUGUAGCACCAUUGUUCCUAUGGUUUUAACUAGCUCCUCCAACACAAUCUGUGUUCCUGAGGGAAUGGUUUACAUAUGCGCAUAUUCCAUGAACUGGACGGCAGGCACUGGUUCCGUGCACACCACCCCCACGGGAUACAUGGCCACUUCAUGCCUAAAUCCCUAUCUCAUUUAUGGAAUGUGCACCGUAGGAUAUUUAACUCCUAGCCUGGCCAUCUACAAGGAAACAUCAACACCUUCCCAGCACAAGAAAGGACUCCUAGACAACAACCCCUUAACUUGGACAAGAAAGUCCUUUACUUCCCUUGUCCCCUGGGCAGGAUACAUGGAACAUGAAUUCAUCCUUCUUAAUCUCACAGCUGAAUUAGAAAAGCUCUCAAGUGAAACAGGGGGAGCCCUCUAUGAACUACAACAGUCCCUCAACUCUUUAACCAAUAUAGGCUUGGACAAUCGGAUUGCCCUGGACUAUCUUUUAGCCGCAGAAGGAGGGGUCUGCGCUAUUCGGAAUACUGCAUGUUGCACCUACAUCAAUAACUCCGCCAAAGUAGAAACAAUACGUGAGAUUCUAAACCACACAACCUGGUUAAAGAACCUAAGAGAAUCCUAA